UUCACAAACGACACAAUCCCACUCUAUAUGCUUUGAUGUUCAGUAUUACCUACUCGAAUACUUAUGCAUUACACCUCUUAAUCAUCAAUCAGUUAUAGCGCCUUGCGUAGUAUUUUGUAAGCGAUUUUUUGUUGGAGUAUGAAAAAAAACCUCGACAUCCGAAGGUCAACCACACAAGUGGUCCUCCGGUGGUCGCUUAUUGUCUCUUCAGUAAUUAAUGUUCCUGUAUAAAUAAAUAUGAACUAAUAUUAUGGUGUUUAUUCAACUAUAUUAGUCUAAUCGUUUGGCCCACUUUUCAAUAAUUUAAUAUUAGUUUAUUUUAUUUGAAAUUCUUUCUUGAUUACAUAUAACUGGUAUUGAAAUAUGAGUCUCACAGACACUGUUGGCAAAUGUGCUGCAAUUGCAACUAUUGGAACAUUCUUUGCUCCUGUUCUUAUAUGUCGAGAUAUAAUAAAAAAUAAAAGCACCAAAAAUGUUGAUCCUACACCUUUUAUUGGAGGUAUGGCUAUGUCCAUACUUAUGAUCAAAAAUGGAUUACUGAUGAAUGAUCCUAAUAUUAUACCAGUUAACAUUUUUGGAUUUAUAUUAAACUUGAUAUAUUUUUUAGUAUUUUAUUUUUAUACUGCUGAUUCGAAACCAUUAUUUUCAAUGUUAACAAAAGCUACAUUGUUCACUGGUGUAUUAUGGGGAUAUUCAACAAUUGAAGAUGAAAAACUAAUUGAAUACCGCUUUGGAGUUAUUCUCACUGUAUUAAUGUUAACACUAAUUGGAUCUCCUCUAUUUUCUUUGAAUGAUAUAAUUAAAAAUAAAGAUGCAUCAAUGCUACCAUUACCAAUGAUUGCUUCUGGAGCUUUUGUUGGAUUCUUGUGGUUAAUAUAUGGGUUGUUAAUAGACAACAUUUUUAUCAAGGUUCAAAACGUAGUAGCUGUUGUAUUGUGUUUGAUACAGCUGGGAUUAAUAUUCAAAUAUCCUAAAUCAGAUAGCAAGAAACGUGAUUAAUGAACAUAGUUACCAAUUUAAUGUAGCAUUUAUUUAUGUUUACUGUGAUUAUCUUAUACAUCCUUCAAUAUUACAUUUAUAUGAUAUCCUUACAUUUCCAUUAUUUUGAGUGCUAGUUUGAGUAAUUAAUUAGUUAUUUACAGAUUAUAUAUUUUUAUUAAAUUCCAAAAUGUGAUGUUAGAGUAAUAGUUUUUAAUUUUGUGCCAUUUGUUUGUUUUAAAUAGGUAUAAUUAUAUUUACUGAAUAUUAUUAUAUAAAUAAUCAAAAUCAUUCCAAUAAACUAAAUUAAUUUAGUUGCCUA